AUGCUUUGACCCGGCCUGCUUUCUGUCGCCGUCAAACACCAACCUCCUUCAGAAUCCGUGAGUUUACAGCACCGAGACUCAAUGUUACAGGAAGUGUAACCACGGCAACAAAGAAAAAAAGAUGGGGCGGAGGACGUCUGUACUACGGAAGCCGAGAUGGACUGAACUAAUUCUAUUUAAGUUUCGGGAGGAGGGGAAAAACUAGCAUAGAGAGACGGGUGGACAGGUUAGAACUGUGAGAGUGUAAAAUGCGAGCCAGUCUAUUCAGAAUGUGCAGGUAUAAUUUAAACUCAGGGUUAGGGUUCUUUCAAAAGAAAGAACAUAUCUCCUCCUGGUAAUUGCUUUUUUAAUUUUUAAUUUUUUAAAAAAAGUUUGGAUUGCAGUGCUUUUUCUUCAUAAAUAGAAACUAUACAUAGCAGGCAGCCCUGUUGGUCUAUUAGAAAAAAUUGAGAGGCAACAAUAGUGUAAAAAACCAAAUCUCUAGUGCAUAUGAGUGAGAAAGAGAGAGGGAACGAAACAGAAACAGCUAUUGCUGGGUGCAGAGGUGCACCUAGGUAAUUUUGGAGCCUGGACCUAAAGGCCUUUGGAGGCCCCCCUCCCCUGCAAAUUAAGCAUCAUUUUUUUAACCUGGUGGUGACCGCACCACCCUGGACAGACUAAAGAGGAUUUGGGGACCCCAAGGUCUGUGGAGGCCCUGGACUUUGGCCCCGAAGUCCAGGGUAAGAGCGACUCUGCGUGAUGGAUAUUCCAAAUUUGAGGUGCCAUUUAAACAAAAAGGAAAAUGAGAAAACAAGACAAACUCUUCAUUGUAAAAUACUUCCUAAAUAUCCUCAAUGGAAUUUUCUUGGUGUUCGGUCUUCUGCUUUUGACAUUUAGUCUUUGGAUUUCACUUAACAGAAACACAUUAUUCACCCUCUUAUUAUCUACAGAUGGACAGUCUCUGGUAUCUUGUGUUUCUAUUAUGGUGCUUGCCAGUGGAUUCAUCAUUGUUUUUAUUGGCCUGUUGGGAUACUUAGGAAGCCUUCAUGGAAUCAAAUGGCUAGUAGUUAUGUAUAUGGGUCUGCUUGUCCUCGUCCUUGCUAUGCAAGCUGCAGUACUUGUGCUACUCUACAGAGGAAAGGAAAUGAUUCCCAACUUGUGGAAAGUUCAGAUGGAUGAACUUAUUUCUACUUAUGGGAAUAAGAAUCUAAAUUCAGAGGAACACCAAUGGGAUAUUCUGGAUAACUUUCAGCGUAUGGUGCACUGUUGUGGGAGAUAUAAUUUCACAGACUGGAAAAAGAAUGAGCAUAAAGAGCAUGAAGGUCUGCUUCCAUGUUCUUGCACUACAUUUACCACGAAGAAAAGGUUUUGUGAUGCACUGGAAAAUGCAACGUAUACAAGGGGUUGCGAAGAAGAUAUCAAGAUGUGGUAUGAAAAUAAUGCCUGGCUAUUAAUUUCAAUUAAUUCUGGACUGCUAUCUGUAGACGUCCUUCAGUUCAUAGCUGCAGUAUGGCUGUUCAGAAUAAUGAAAAGCAGUAUAGUUUUGCCGAAAAAUUAGCAAAAGACUUGUGUUGUCUUUGUACUACAUGGACUCUAUACUAAAUAAAUAAUGUUUUCAAAGGCAUUUGGGUAUGCCCAUAAAUGAUUAUGAUGCCAGAAUGUAGCUUUCAACAUCAGAUGAUGGUGAACUGAAUAUAAUGAUGAAUGUAGUUUUGUGACUGAUCUGUAAUAUUAACAGAGUCUGCCACUCAGACUUGAUAUUCUGGUAGUUCUGAAUGAGGCAUAUUUAAUAAUAAAAACUCUUGGUUAUACCUUUUUGGAUUGGCCAAAACAAAUUGGUUGAUCACAAUAAAAAUGUGAGAUGAGUAA